CCUCCUCAGACACAAGCUCCAGGCUGGUGGGGAAGCGACGGCUCCAGCAGCCCAGGACCUGCAGCUGCCCUCAGUGGGAAGAGAGCAAGACACAGUGAGAGAGCCAGAGUGAGGGGCUCCUCCUGCACUGGCACAAUGCGUGCUCUCACCAUCCCCAUGCUCCUGGCUGUCCUCCUGGUGGCUGCUACGUGCUACGAGUCCCACGAGAGCAUGGAAUCCCAUGAGUAUCUCAAUCCCUUCAUCAACAGGCGAAGGGCCAAUGACUUCAUACAAGCUGGUUCCAGACUAGAAGCUAUCUCUCAGGAGAGGAUCAGGGAGCGUCAUAAGGCACCCCAGGAGCGUCAGAGGGAGAUCUGUGAGGACUACUACCCCUGCGAGCUCUACGCCUUCCGCCACGGCUAUGCUGCUGCUUACAGGCACUACUUUGGGAGGAGGAGGACUAAAUAAAGGAUUGUCUGUCCCCACCCUUGGGCCUGGGGCCCAGAGUAACCUCCCCAAAAAUGCAAUGGCUCUUGAACAUACUCAGUUGCUUGUGUCCUUGUAUGUUAUCCUGCCUGCUGCUUCCCUGCAUGUAGCCAUGAAUUCCUACGCUCUGUUAGUUAGCGCUGAGUUGAGGUAGCAGGGACCAGAGAGCAUUCAGUAUGUGGGUGUUUACUACACAAUAAAUUGCUAGUUUGAUACUA